CCCCGACGAGCCGCCAGUGACAUAACAGUGCUGUAUGGGCGUGUCAGCGUGGGCACGUUCUGGCGCAGAUCUGGAUACUCAACUCGACCUCGGGGAUCCCACUUGCUUUUGAAGAACAUGCGGGGUAUCAGAGCAGCAAGGACCACUGCAGCCACGGUCGUGAGCAGAGUUAAGAGCAUAAGGGCGUCAACGUGGCAGCGACCGCGAGAGGCGCAUCAAACACAGGCGAUGGCCUUGGGUCGCCGACUUGUGCUGUAUAUAGGGGCCCGCAGUACCAGUACUUACGCGUUACGCGAGCCGGAGGACAGUCGCUGGAUAAGCGCUCUCACGCUGCAUGCCCGACGGUCUCUCGCCACGUUCUAGCUCUGCUCUGUACCUCUUGGACAUUCUGAAUGCGAAUUGUCGCCUGCUACUAGCACAUCUAAACGCUGACUGUCCUGGGCAGGAGGGUUGAGCAGGAUGGGGCAGACGCAAGACAUGCACGUCCCGGAGCCCGAGGUCCCCCCAGACGAUCUCGAAUCAAACCCGCCUUUCACCGACUCUGCCAAGCGCUCUCCGUCUCUCACCCAAACCCCCUCCAGAGCUCAUACACACAGCGAGCGAACUCCCAGCGACGUCGGCUCGGCCCUCGCGCGCCAUGAAUCGCUGCAAGAAGCGUCGUCGCUCGCGUCCAUCGACCGGCCGCCCAGCGAUCCAGAGAAGAUACCCCCCGCAAAAAUAUACCACCCAUACGACCCCGCCGUAAUCGCGCUGCUGAUGCCCGCGUCUGUGUUUGGGACCCUUGCGCGGUUGGGCUUGGAGGCACUCGUCACAUUUGACGGCAAUGCCAUCUUUCCGCUGGCUUGGGUGCAAGUUGGCGGUUGCCUGAUUAUGGGCUUCUGUCUCGGGAUUAGGGAGCCGUUCGGUCGGUUCUAUGCCCCGCUGUAUACAGCUUUUACUACGGGGUUUUGUGGUUCGUUUACGACAUUCUCGUCAUGGCAGUUUGCCGUGUUUCAGGCAUGGAUAAACUCCGGUCGAUACCACCGAGACUGGCUGCGCGAUGUCAUUGACGGCCUCACCCAACUCGUCUUCACACUCGCAUUGUCCCUUUCCGCCGUGUCGUUUGGCGCACACUUGGCUACCUUGAUUGCCCCACACGUCCCGCGACCCCCCUCUCCCAACGCCGCCUUCCGCUACUUCCUCACCGCGCUGUCCGUCUGCAUCUACGCCGCGACCUUCCCCGCCUACUUCCGCAUGCCGGAGUCUUUCCGCCACCAAGCGACGUCCGCGCUGCUGUACUCCUUCCCAGGGACGCUGACACGCUAUCUGCUAUCGAUCAACCUGAAUCCGAGGUUCAAGCUGUUCCCCGUGGGGACGUUCACAGCAAACAUCCUCGGCACCGGGUUCAUCGGGCUCUUCGAGGUGCUGCAGGGCACGCGCGGGCCGCCGUCCGUGAGGGCGUGCAACGUCCUCGCCGGACUCGCGAACGGGUACUGCGGCUGUCUCACCACUGUCAGUACGUUCGCCACGGAGGUGGACGCGCUGGAGAACAAGAAGGCGUGGUUCUAUGCGAUCUUGAGUGUCGUCUGUUCGCAACUGCUGUUGUUGGUGAUUUUGGGGCCGUCAUACUGGGCAGGGCAUGUGAGCGAGCAAGUGACAUGCGAGUACCUCUACCGCUAGCUCUUUGUCAUCUAUCAAUACACUUCACUGGUCUCCGCACUGCCUCUAUGUAGAUGAACAAUAGUGUACUUGUCAGUCGUGGUAAUUGGUCCGGUGACUAUCCGUACGUGGCAGCUUCGAUGGGUCGAAAUGCCAGCAAGUCUACCUCGAUGCUGA